AUGGCGGACGCAACAGCUAACAGCGGAAGCUGGUCAGCUUUCCUCAAGUCAAUCGCCUCCUUCAAUGGCGACCUCUCCUCCCUGACCGCGCCCCCCUUCAUCCUCUCGUCGCAGUCCCUCACCGAAUUCUCCUCCUACUGGGCCACCCACCCGCCCAUCUUCACCGCCGCCGCAGCAGAGUCCGACCCCGCAAAGCGUGCCAUGCUCGUGCUCAAGUGGUUCCUCUCCACGCUCAAGCACCAGUACGCCUCCCGCAGCGAGCAGUUCGGCAACGAGAAGAAGCCCCUGAACCCCUUCCUGGGCGAGCUCUUCCUCGGCAGCUGGAACGACGAGGCCGGCAAGACGACGCUCAUCUCCGAGCAGGUCAGCCACCACCCGCCCGCGACUGCCUACUGCAUCCGCAACGAGAAGACGGGCGUCCAGCUCGAGGGCUACAACGCCCAAAAGGCCUCCUUCAAGAGCACAAUCAUCGUCAAGCAGAUUGGCCACGCCGUGCUCACCAUCCCCGUUGGCUCUGGCGACAGUAAAGAGCUUGAGCGCUACCUCAUCACCCUGCCUUCGCUGCACAUUGAGGGCCUCAUCUUUGGCGCCCCCUUUGUCGAAUUAGACGGCUCAACCACCAUCACCAGCUCGAGCGGCUACUCUGCCAAGAUUGACUACAGCGGAAAGGGCUGGCUGUCUGGUAAGAAGAACACAGUCAUCGCUACCGUCUUCCCCACCGACAACGAGAAGGAGGUCCUUUACAACGUCACCGGCCAAUGGACCAAGGAAUUCGAAAUCUACGAGGGCCCCGCCAAGAAGAACUCAAAAUCCACCCUGGUGUCCGUCUACGAUGCCGCGGGCACUUCUCAGUCUGAACUGAAGCUCGAGCCCCUCGAGAAGCAGCACCCCCUCGAAUCCCGCCGCGCCUGGAGCAAAGUCGCCGAGGCCAUCCAAAAGAGCGACAUGGACACCGUCUCCAUCGAGAAGACCAAGAUCGAGCAGGCCCAGCGCCUCAUGCGCGCCAAGGAGAACGCAGGGAACCAUACCUGGGAGCGGAGGUACUUCAAGGCUGCCACCGAGGACGAGACGCUCACAUUGCUGGGCAAGGCUGCGGGCGUACCCUUGGAUGGCGACAAGGACAAGACAGGUGGCCUGUGGAGAUUUGAUGCCGAGAAGGCUGCCAAGGCCGAUGCUGAACAGCUCAAUGACGAACAAGUCGCUGAGAUCGAAAAGGAGCUCUUGGGUCAAUAA